CGGAAAUCAAGUUACGCCACCUAUUGAUUUUUUUGCUUUUAGUGUGCAAGAAUGAAAAUCCUCCUAGCUCUACACCGACACUGCUAUAAAGAUGUAAUUUUACCAACACUGACAAGAAGUGUAUUAAACAGAAUUCCCAAUACCAAGUUAUCAUGUACACCUGUAUGCUCAUAUUCCAGUUUAGGGAAUAAUAAUAAGAAAAAAUAUAUCCCACGCAGAUCUGUACUGUAUGUCCCUGGCAAUGAUCAGAGGAAAAUCCAGAAAGUUGUCUCCCUUGAUGUUGAUUGUGUUGUUCUAGACUGUGAAGAUGGAGUAGCAGCCAAUAGGAAGUCUGAAGCCAGGAAUACUAUUGCCAGUUGCCUGGGGUCUUUGGCAGGAUGUAAGGCAGACAUCACAGUCAGGGUAAAUCCAGUCAGUAGUGGACUGAUGGAGGAAGAUUUGAAAGUGGUGUUUAAAUCAGAACAUCCACCAAAAACCUUGAUGUUACCAAAGGUUGACACACCAGAAGAAAUAGAAAGAUUCACCAAAAGAAUUAAGGAUAUUCUGUCAGAGAAACAGAAGGCCGAGAAGUUCAGUUUGAUAACAAUGAUAGAAAGUGCUGUGGGUCUAAUGAACCUUAAGGAUGUGAUUCUCCAGGCUUCGUCACUCGCCAGGUCGGAGAAGCUCUUUACCUUAGAAGGUGUGGUGUUUGGAUCCGAUGAUUUCUGUGCUGAUAUUGGUGCUACAAGAACUAAUGAUGCAAAAGAACUGUUAUACGCUCGUCAGAAGAUAAUCACAUGUGCUAAAGCGUACAGACUACAAGCCAUUGAUCUUGUCUACAUAGAUUAUAAAGAUUUAGCUGGGUUCCAGCAGCAAGCAGAACAAGGAGCUAGGAUGGGAUUUACAGGGAAGCAGGUGAUACAUCCAGGUCAGAUCCCUAUCGUCAAUGCUGCUUUCUCUCCGUCAAAGGAGAGAGUACAGUGGGCCACAGAAAUGAUCCAAGCUUUUGAUGAGUAUCAGAAAUCUGGACAGGGAGCCUUUGUUUUUGACGGAAAGAUGAUUGAUAUGCCACUGGUGUUACAGGCCAGAAAUAUUGUCAGCAUGGCUCAAGCAGUAUCAAUCACAUGAUCACAGAUCACAUGAUACCUGUCACAUGAAUACAGAUCAUGUGAUUCUAGUCACAUUUGAAGAAAAGACAGAUUUUUAUUCAUAUCACAUAUUAGUGCUAAACAGAAUACUGUUUGCAAUCCAUACUUAUGUCACCUGUCCAUAUGUAAUCUCGGUGAAUAUUUUUCUAUCAGUGCUAUUCUAGGUCAGACUUGUCACUUUGCUUUUGUCAUUUGACAUUAAGAGUAUGCUGUCUUUUAUCAGUAUGAUAUAUUGUUAUUUUUGAAAAAAGGAAUCAACACUGUGGAUUCAUUAUUAUUCGUUUGAUACCAAUUUUUGUUGAUUUCGUGGGUACAGGUAAACCAUGAAAUUUGAUGUUCAACUUAUAACAAUUUUCCUAUAACUUCUGCAAAACCAGGAAAUAAAAUAUUGAUGAACAUGCUAGUUUUCAUCAAUCCAUGAAAAUUGGUUCUCAUGAUGAAAAAAAAACAAUGAAAAAAAAAUAGGUUUCAAAGGAACAUUACACAUCUUAAGAUAUUCUUUCAAUUUGAACUUAUUUGUAACAAAUGAUAAUGAAUAUUUCUGCACAGGAUUUUUGAGGAUGGGGAUGUAAAAUCAUCAAUAUUAUAAAUCUCUUGGGCAUAGAAACAAAAUAAUAAUUACUGUGAUAGUGCCCAUUAGGAAUCUCACUGAAGCACCCAGCAAUGAAUUUUCAUAAAAUCUUUAAAUAUAAAUCCACAUUUUUCUAAAUGCAUAUUUUAUAAAUUUUAGACAUCUUUAGAUGGAAUAGGCUAUUCUAAAGUCUUUUAUUAUCAUUUUUUUCUUUACAUUUUCAGGUACUUAUUCAUAUUGGCUCAUUAAGGUGGUACCUAACACUACAGGGAGAUAACUCUGUAAUAUCAGCUAAACGUUUUAAUUACGUUGCAUUGUGAAGGCAAUGUUAAGCUUCUCAAUGAUCAAAAUUAGUGUUUGUUAAAAUGCUAUAUAACCAGUGAAAUUUGUGUGAUAAAACGCUUGGUUCAAAUUUUUUGAUUUUUUUAUAUUUUUUUUAAAGGGUCAAAGUAAAUACUUUGUCAAAUAUUUAUAAAAAUUAAACAAGCCAAAUCAAUUUUAGGGAAAGUGUUGGGUACCACCUUAAGAGGAGAUCCAGCCUCUUCCACUCAUUAUGGAGCUUUAUAUGAUAAAUGUAUAGACUUUAAAAAGUAUCACUCUCUCUCCCUACAACCUAUUAUUAUACACCCUUCAAAAUUUUCACGGGACAUAUUAUGUUAUACAAAUCAGGAGCCUCUGGCCUUUGUUAGUCUUGUAUGAUUUUAAAUUUUAGUUUCUUGUGUAUAAUUCACAAGAGUUUAGUAUGACAUCCAUUAUCACUGUACUAUUAUGCAUAUUUUUAGGGGCCAGCUGAAGGACACCUACGGGUGGGGGAAUUCUCGCUACAUUGAAGACCCAUUGGUUGCCUUCGGCUGUUGUCUGCUCUAUGGUAGGGUGGUUGUCGCUUUGACAUAUUCACCAUUUCCUUUCUCAAUUUUAAAUGUCCAGUGUCCGUCCAUCUGUCUGUCUGUCCAGCGUAAACAUGUAGCACAGUAACUUGAGAACCACUUAUCCAAAUUUCAUGAAACUUAACGUAGAUGUUUCUUAUGAUGGUCAAAUGAUCUGUAUACUUUUUGGUGAAAAUAAUAUUAAAACUUUUUGAUUUAAGGCACUUUGUAACUAAAACAGGGGGGUGGGUUUUUUUUCACAUGUCGCACAGUAUAUCAAAAACGAUUUUUGAUUAUUGCUUAAAACUUUACACACUUCUUAGUUUUAUUAAUCUUAAUAGCUGUAUACUUUUUUGGUGAUGAUUCAAAAUUUCAUUUUUUAGCUUGAGUAUUUUGUUAAAAGGGGAAGUGGAUUUUUACAUGUCACGCCGUACAUGUAUCUCAAAAAAAAAAUGGUUAUUGCUUUAAACUUUCUCAGAAACUAUUUAUGAUUAUAGCAUAGAACUUCCACACAAAAUGUCGGGCUUAUCAUGCGCUCAUGGCACAGCUGUUAUAUUCAUAUAUGUAUGAAUAAUGUCAGUGGGUUUUAUAAUUAUCAAUUGUGUGAUAAUUAUUUAUUUACUGUGUAAAUGAAAACCUUUUCUGGAAAAAUUAAUAUUUGCACAGUCAAAAUGCAUUAUUAAAGAUGGCCUUUUAUAUAUUAUACCUUGUUGUAAGCCUUGAACAAAUAAGUUUUAAAUAUUGAGAUUUAGUUAUUAUUAGUGUUUCAAAUGAUAGUUUGAAUAAAAUUGUUAUGAUAACUGUUGAGUUUACGUAGUUACAGUUUGUUUUGUUACAUGUUAUUUUAAGCACCACCUAGGGGCAUUUUGUUUAGUCUGUUAGCUAUUCAUCCAUCUAACUUUUUGUUUGUACUUCAGUUUGUCUGUCCUGCUUCCGGUUAAAAUUUUUAGACAAUGUAGUUUUUGAUGAAGUUAGAAGUCCUAACAACUUGAAACUUAGUACACAUGUUCCCUAUAAUAUGAUCUUUCUAAUUGUAAUGCUAAAUUAGAGUUUAGACCCCCAUUCCAUAGUCCACUUAAUAAAGAAAAUGAUGUGUAAUGGGGACAUCCAUGUACUAUGGACACAUUAUUAUUUAUGUAUAUAUGCUUAUUUACUAGAUACUUACUUGCUAUAAUACUCCUGUUUUACACUGGUGUUGGAAUCAUUGGUCCAUGAUUUGUAUUGAGACGAUAGCAUGAUAUACCUACAUUUAUUAUCUAUUUAUACUUGGUUAUGGUUUAUGAGGUGAAAGUUUCUGCUUUAAAGAAAUUUGAAUCAGGACACAAGUCUGGUGAUGCUGGUGUAUAUUAAACACCUUCAAUUUUCAACCCAGAUUCCUAAAAUCCCCAAAGGAUUUGACAUGUUGAAUAUGUGCACCUAACAGGCUAUUAUUUGAACUCGGAAUUAUUUUUAAUUAUGGAAUUUGCUUGAUUUCUUGUUAUUGAAUUUUUUUAAUAAAUUCCAUAUUUAUUCUGUACUGAAAUGUUCUGUGCUGCGCACAACACUUUCUAUUACAAAGAAAAUAGUAUAUUUUCAAUAGAAUGUACUGUGCCGCAAACAACUCUAUCUAACCAAAAUACAUUGUAUGGAAAGUGUUAUUAACCACUCAAAAGAUUACAAUUACAAAUAAACAUAAAAUUUAUUGUAAAGUUUAAUACAAGAAAUCAUGCAAUUUCCAUAAUUAAAAAUAAUUUCAAGUUCAAAUAAUAGCCUGUUACCUGUGAUUAUUGAAUUGUUUGAGAUUUUUUGUCAAUCAAAAUGGUCAAUGAUAAUAUAUAUAUAGCUCUUAAGGUUGUGCACCUUCAAUCCUGAAGAGACUAUACAUUUAAGUUUAAUAUUCCAUAUAUUUGUAAACUGUUUAGUAUUAGGCCAUAUUUGUUUGUUUACCAUUGAACACUAGUCCAGGGUUCUCACUAAGGCAAGUCCAUGAGUCCUGGACUCAUCAAAAUCUGUCUGGAUUCACCAUUUUCAAAACUGGCAUGUCCACAGAUGCAUCAAGAUUGAAAUAUUUUGUAUAAUCUGAACACAGUAAAACACAAAUAUCAGCAUUUUAUAGCAAAAGUUUAAAAGUGAUCUGAAUUUAAUGUCAUUUCAUUGGUCUUUUAGGAAAUGGAGACUAAAAUAUUACAUUAUAAUGCAAUAAAAUAUUUUCUUCUUUCUGUUGGACGCAUCAUGGCUAAAAUGACGAGUCCCUGGACUCACCUUCAAAAAUCCUUAGUGAGAACCCUGAAGUCUACUCAGCUGCAAUUUGAAUAUUUGGUCCCUACAUGUAUCUCUUUGUGAUUCAAUUUUUCUUAUAUUAGCACUGAGAAAAUGUUGAUGUAAGUAGCAUUCAUUGUUUGAUCAGUCUUUAAGCAGAAAAAUAUUAUUUCUAAAGAUAAUUUAGAUGAAUACUGUUCUAUAGUAACAGGUUAUUGUUUGAGUGAUACAAAGGUAAAAGAUUAUUAACAAUUCUUGAGGAAAAUGACCCCAUUAAGUAAUGGUCAUCGAUAAAUUACACACUAUGUAUUAAUGAUUUUAUAUUAAAGAGCUCAUCUUUGAAUAUGUAAAUAAAAUUCUUAGAUUUA